GAAGGAUAACGGAUAAUGUCAGUCUGUUCGCGUUCAACAGUUCGCGUUUUAAUAACGUCACUAAACGCCGUUUAGCAGCGCGUGUUGGUCGGUCAGUUACAGCGUCUCGCGCCAAUUUUUUUUGAACUCUGAGACAGAUGGCUAAAGCUAGCUCCGGCGUCAUAGCAUUGUUUCGUGUGCGUGUGUGUAUGUGUACUCGGUGUUACGUGUGUUAGAUCCAGUUCACCUUAACAGUAUGUAAUAAUUGUUCUGUAGCAGAAAAAAAGGGUUCUUUUAUUAAUUUUAGCCACGUUUAAUAAUUUCUUUCCCUUAAGUCAACUAAGCUGUGUGUAAAAUCGACUCGGCGACGCAGCUGUGCACUGCGCGGUCCGGGCUGGUGAAGGUGUCACUUUUGAUCAGGCCUCUCUCUGAGAUGACUGACACCAUGGAAAUUGAGAUGGAGUCAGCCGCUACAAACAAAGCACAUGGUGACGCAUCCAAUAAAGAGGAGCAAGAUGAAUCAGGAGCACACAAACCCAAGAGCAGGAUAUAUCCAGGGGAAAUCAUUGAAGGCAAACGAGAGAAGAAGACAGUCCAGAGACUUAAUAUGCAGAUGGGUAAACCAAAAGAGAAACUUAAAGUUGAGAGUAUAGGCCAUGGGGACAAAUUAGGAGACAUUGCUCGUGUCAAUCAUGCCAUUGGAAAGCUCAAAGCCCCACAGCUGAAACCUCUUCACAAGAUUAUAUAUGAUCGUCCAGGAGCAGUAUCUUCUCUAAGGAAACACCUUCGGUUGUUCAAUGGAUUUCCAUUUGAAAUCGACAGUGACACUUACAACAAAAAGAAGGAAAAAGUGCUGAAGCUACCUAAAAUACAACUCAGGACUAUUUGUCAAAUUCUUGAUCUUGAGAGAAGUGGAACUCAGAGUGUUUUGGGUGAUAGGAUUAUGCAGUUUCUUACAAACCCCACAAAUUCAGGAAAGCCAGUAAUCCUGAAAAAGAAAAAAAAGAAGAAAACACCAAAAGAUGCCAAACGAGAGAAGAAAAUUUCAUCUAAGAGCAAGCAUCAACAAGUAGAAAGUGGAAAGUCUAAAGCAAUCGUUACUGAUUCCAGUAGUGAUGAAGCUGAUGAUGAUGAUGAUGAUGAUGAUAGAAGUAAAAAUGAAGAUGGAGAAAAGUCUGAUGGUCUGAAACAUGAAAGCGAUGAAAGUAUUUCUGAGAAUGAAGAGGUGAAAAACAUUGAAUCAGAUGAAGGUUCAGAAGAUGACCAGGAUAAAGAGAUCUCAAAGUCAAAGAAACCCAGUAGUAAAAAGAAACUCCCCACCAAGAAGGAACCAAAGAAGGCUGAUGAUUCUGAUCAGGUUGUAUCAGAUGAAGAUGAUGAGUCUGCUGAAGACACGCCACCAAAAAAGGCUAAAAGGAAACCAGCUACCCAGAAGAAAGUGAAGGCCAUGCCUACUUCUAAAACAAAGAAAGCAGACAGCAGUAGCACCACGAAGAAAAAUGCUUCAAGCAAGACCAAAUUGAAGAUUGAAAGCUCAGAUGAUGAUGAUGAUGAUGAGCCUCUAAUCAAAAUGAUUAAAAAGCCACCAAGUGAUGAACAGUUGAAAUCAGCUGUCAAAGACCUUUUGAAAGAUGCCAACCUGGCGGAAGUGACGAUGAAGCAAAUUUGUCAACAGGUUUAUGACCUUUAUCCAGACUUUGACCUGGCAGCCCGGAAAAACUUUAUCAAGGAUACAGUGAAGAGUUUAAUAUCCUAACAGGAGGAAGCCAUUUUUUUAAGGAACAGUGUGCAAAGUUACAGAAGAGUGUGUAUAAUCAUCCUAUUUUGAUAAUUACAGUUUGUUACUUUUGUUUUUAUUUUUUAUUUGAAGAAUUAUUAAAUGUUUGUGCAUCCUUUUUGUAUAGCUUUAUAUUUGAAAAUACAUUGAUAAUUUUGUAUAGCACAUAUACAUUUAUAUAGUAGAUAAUGUUUUACAUGUACCUUUCCCCCAACAAGGUUUUUGUCUUAAAUUUGAUGUACAUGUUUUUUUUUUGUUUAAGAACCAUUUUUGAUCUGAAAAGAUUGAUUGCCAAUUUUGUGCUUAAUCAGUGUACAUGUCCCCCCCCUUUUUUUAUUAUUUAUUUUUUUUUAAUCAAAAUGUGCUGUUUCUUUCUCUUUCUUUAAGUUUGCCCUUUUUUAUUUAUUGCUUUUUCCAAUUAUAUAAAUUGUGCAGAUAGAGAAAUCAAAUUUACACAAACUUUUUCUGACUGCAAAUGUAGCUGAUCAUCCGGUUUUGUGUGCAAACACGUCCGAAUUAGUAAGGACUAAUUAUCUUAUGACCAUUAAGCAAAUUUCAUGCUGAAAUCAUCACAUGUUUAAGAGCAGCAACACCUUGGGCUAUAUAAUAUAUGUUUAGUAAUAAUCAUUUAAUAAAAUAAGCAGAGACAUUUCUAACAGUUUUGUGAUUUCAAAUGCUUAUCAUCACAUCUUUCAGCUGUGUAAUGUACUUGUUUAUUAUUUAGAGAGAAGUAGAUCAGGUUGAUACCUAUAUAGUUUAAGGGAAGUUUAUGAUUUCAGGAUGUUGAUUUGGCUUGAAAGAUCAUUUGAGGUAAGUGUAAAUUUGACUUCCUAACCUCAUCCUUCAAGUUUUUAUUUGUUUGUAUUUUAGGUCAUACUGGGACAUGUUUGUCUUUCAUUUACUUUGUGUGUUUUGAAUAUAGAUCAGUAGUAUUUUCCUCAGCAGAUUGUUUACAAUUUUGCCUGACUUUGUGAUAUGAACAGGCAAAUAACUACUCAAGUAACAAGGCACAUCAGAGAUGGAAUACUAGUGUUACCCCCCCCCCCUUUUUUUUUAUAAACUGGUUUUAUAUUUAACAGAAGACAUUUUCAGUAGCAAACUAACAAACAAUUUGCUGACAUGUUGUAAUUAAGGUAUGCACUUCUUUACUAAGUAUGUGUAAAGAAUUGUCAUAAUCAAGGAAAUAAAUUUUUUAUUACCUGGAAA